CAGGGCGCGAGUCCCUACUGUGAUUGGACAAAGUACCACAUGGCUAAAAUCAUCUUACCCGGAAGAAUGACAAAUGUUUAUUGUUGCUAACAUUUAAGGUAUCUUAAUGCAAAGAAGAUACAAACAUUGGCUGGACCAAAAUGACAUCCUACUUUGAUGAACACGACUGUGAGCCCACCAACCCUGAGGAACAGUACAGACAGAAUGCACUACUGGAACUGGCCAGGUCUUUGAUGCAAGGCUUGGACUUAUUUGACUCAGGGGCAUUUGACUUGUCAGACUGGGACCAACGUCUUCCUCCUCCGGCUGCCAAAACUGCUGUUCAGACCCUCACUGUGGUCAUCAUUUCUCCAGAGCAAGCAGACAAAGGUCUCAAGUGUCCUGUUUGUUUGCUGGAGUUCGAGGAACAAGAAACGGUUCGGGAAAUGCCUUGCAAACACCUUUUCCACUCAGGAUGUAUACUGCCCUGGCUGGGCAAGACUAACUCCUGUCCACUCUGCCGACUUGAAUUACCAACUGACAAUCCAGAGUAUGAGGAGUUUAAAAAAGACAAAGAGAGAAGAAAACAGCGGGAACACAGACUGGAGGACCUACACGGAGCCAUGUACACAUGACAUGAUGGUGCUGUGGUGCAAGUUUGUGGCACAGUGACAUUUUACUGAUUAAAAUUAGGAAAAGAAGAAAAAAAAGGUUCAGGAAAUACAGAAUGCUGCAUUCAUGCCAUUUCAUAAAGAAUAUCAGAAUAUCAUAUUUGUCGUUAUGAGAAAUAUCAGGAGUGUCUGACAUUUACAAUAUCUUCCAGUUAGUGAAAAGAACUGUGGUACUGUCAAAUGGUUGGCAAAAUGGCUACAAAGCCUACAUCACUGGCAGCUCUUUCUACAUAGAAUCCAAUAUUACAAAUAUGUAACACAAAUAAAAUAGGUAGUUUAGACGUAAUUUCUGAUUAUCUGUUGUGAUCAUAAGGCUAAUCUCUGACCGCUCCUGUUUGAGUAACAGAGUUUUCCUGUUUUUAACAUUAAUUUGACAUGAUGUGAAUGCAGCUCAAGCAGAGGUCAUUUAAAAUUGAAAAUGCUUAUCUCUAAGUUGGCUAAUUGCUCUCUUCUCUUUAGUUAGAAUGAAUAUAUUUAAGAUGAACAGGCUGUUUACAGCAGCACUAAGCACUCUGAAGCAUUUCAUUUCAUUUCAGUCCCUUUGUUCUUUUUUUAUAUAAAUUUAUGAGCUUUAAACACACACAACCUAUUCAUCUGUAUUUGUCUAAUGAAUAUGAAUUCUUUAAAGACAUGAAUAUAUAUAUAUAUAUAUUAAUUAGUGACUCUUUUUUAAAAAAAAAAAAAAACAUUGUGUUGUUUAGGGAGCAUUGCCUCUCUUCUGGCCUACACACACGGACAAUGAAUAACACAACCUGUAUAGACUGAAUGGGUUUUGAUGCUUCUUCAUCACAUGGCAACCCCCUUAUUCAAACAGACUUCCCACCAUCUGGAAAUAAGCCCACGUUUGCUGUUGGCGCACAUGUAGUAACACAUACUAUUGGACCUGUAACUCUGCUCUGACACUUCUCAGCCUCAGUGUGAUUUUUAACCAGCAGUAUGCAUGUAUGCAAGUUAGCUCUUCUUUAUGUCAUCUGCUCUGCCAAAAGUUGUUUCUAUUUCUGCUCGCAAAUAAAUAACCUUCUUUUUUA